AGGUCUUCGCACAGAAAGAUAUUAAAUGGCCUAGAUUUUGUUCCACGAUAGCAGUGAAACCAUUUUCCAAAGAACAAUUGAAUUUCUUUAAGUUUUCUACACUUGUUCUUGAUGGAUUUCCCAAGGUGUUGCGUCAAAUUUUUAUCACCAUGUGGGACAGCAAGGUUGCUGUAAGACCAGGAUUCAUUCCAUGGGAUGACAGUAUCACGGUACGGAACAUGCUUCUUAAAUCUGAAGGUGGUAAAACAGAUAUACCAACUACGAAAUCAAUCGAGGAGUGGGACUGCACAGCUUUGUUUAAAGCAACAAUCUAUGCCAAAACCUUUGGUGUUUCAGGCAGCAAGGGAUCAACUUUGAAUGAUUUAUAUUUGAAGAAAGUUAAACCACCUUCUGGUUCUUUUCAUUCAUCAGUUCAAAGUUCAACAGGAAAUCAAGAAGAAACCUACGCCUUGGCAAUUGAUCAACUGCGAUUAUUGAGAAACACACUUUGCCAUUCACCCAAACCAGUAAUAGUCAAAACUGAUUUUGAUAACUAUGUUCAAUUGGUAACCAACGCUUUAACAGCAGUCAAUGUUGAUACCGCUUUUGUUGAUACUAUUGGUCAAAUGAGCGAGGAUGAUUUCCCUACAGAGAAAGUUCAAGAAUUACAUGAAUGUCUUUUGAAUGAGUUACGAGCCAACAGUGUGUUUCAUGAGAAUAUGGAGCAGAAAUUGUCCUCUAUUGACGAACGAACAGAUGAAAUGCAUACGUUGAUGAAAAAUAUGAAUCUGGGAGAAAAGGGAAUUGUAUCAGGUAACGUGAAAAUUUUUACCAUGCAUUCAAAGUAUAGUGUCGUGUAAUAGUUAAUUUUGUUCAUUUUUGGAAAUAGGUUUAACUGUAAUCGUAGGUCUUGCCGUAGUCGGGAUUUUUAAAUUUGACAUUUUUUCGUGUUUGUUUACAGAAAACGCACAAGAGUCCGUGCGGAAACCAUUUAAGCAAUUAAAGGGAUAUGGCAACAUAUUUUUUAUUAUUUAAUUUGGAAGAACUUUUAAAAUUAUAUUAUACUCUACACCCUGUAAAGUAUAAAGCAUUUUCUGGAUAAACUGCAUUAACACACACUAACAAGAUAGGAGGCGGGCAUCUCUUUAUUGCCAAAUUUGUCGAACAUAAAUUCGUUACAAUUAAUAAUGUAAAUACAUAUACGCAUAGAAGUCUCUAGUACAAAAAAUUAAAGUUUGUUUCUUGCGUAUUGGCGAAGAGAAUGCCUCGAAUGGCAUACCGUUCUGAAUAACUCUCUUAAAUACCCCCAUUGUUCCAGUUGACGACGUCACAAUGCAUACCACAGUCUCUGUGUACAUUCCGACUUCCGUAACGCCAGAAGAUACAUUGUAAAUCUCCUUUACCGAUUUUGCGUAACUUUAUUAUUUCUUGAGAUAUUUUGAGAGAAAAAAUCACAAAUCAGCGAGCUUUCCGCCAUCUUGGAUUUUGGAGGAUAUGCAUGUUAUAUCAUAAGCAGGGUCACGCAAGUAUUUUAUCCAGAGAGCAAUUCGUUAUUAUGAGCCUUAAACAAGACUUACUGUUAUUUGGUCAUUUAGAUGUAGUUAUAUAUAAUAUGGCUAACCCUGCUUUUGACGUCACUAAAAUCACCGAUAAUGAGAUUGCAUAUAAUUUUAAUAGUUCUUUCAAAUGAAAUAAUAUUAUAUUGCCGUAUCCCUUUAAUAUGAUUAAAGCAUUUAAAGCAAUCUAAAAUUCAAAGUUAGCAACCAGUUAAAGAUCCUGGAGAUGUUUAGCGCUUUUUUCCAACCGGCAACGAUAGUUUUGUUAGUCACCUUGCUAUUGGUCUGAUAAUUUUGCCUGGAAUAAGAGAUGUCAAUGUUACAAGUCUCUAGUGUUAUACAUACGGACGGGCGUAAAACGUUUUUAAGUCUCAAUACAUGUAUGUUUGGCUUUCGAAAGUAACUUUUAGUUACGUCGAACAAAUUAAGUUUGCUAACUAUAGAACAAUCGUUUUCAUAUAUUAAGUUAGAAUCUCUUGUUUAACUACUGAAAAAUUAAUUAAUAGCAUAUUAUUAAACCUAUAGAAACGUUACCCGCGCCAUACGUUCCAAGCCCUGUUCCAUUCUUUACUGGUAGAGAAGACGAAAUUGAAGAAAUUAUAAACCUUGUAGCUGGUCAAUCAACACGACUGUUAAACAUCUGGGGAUCUCCUGGAUUUGGUAAAACAUCUACAGCUAUUGAAGUAGCACGCUAUCUUUUGUCUCUCAGCAGCCCUGUGUAUUUUUUUAAAUUGCAGGGUAUUGGAACAGUAGAUGAAUUUUUAUCUAAAAUUUUAAGUAUUUUUAAGAGUAAUUUAGCAGAUAUUAGUCUAAGACCUAUAGAUAAGGUAGUAAGUAUUUUUAGAGAAAUUUCGUCCCGAAUUUUUCUUAUAUUUGAUAACCUUGAUGAUCUUCUGUCAAGUGAAAGCAGUUCCGUUAAACUUAUGUGUUUAUUUGAAGAAUUAUUAGACAGUAAUGUUAACAUUAAUAUAAUUUUUACAACAAGGGAGCUUUUAGAAAAUAUGCGCGAUCAAAUAGAAAGUUAUCGGGACAUCCGAAUUCGACCCCUUCAUCCAGUUUCAUCUGCUGAAUAUGUUCGUCAACUUCUUCCUUCAUUUUCUGAAAGUAUUGUUGCAAAUGUGGCUAGAAUUUCUUCCCAUGUUCCUCUGGCAAUGAAACUCGUUGCUUCGAUAGUUGAAAACAAUAAUGAAGAUAUGGCGAAUAAAAUACUUGAAGAAUUAAGUCUUUCGGGAAAUCUUUUAGAGAUAGGCAGGUCCUACGAGCAAAACAUGAAAAGGGUUUUCGAGACUCCUUUUGAACAGCUGCCAUUAAGUGAUAAGCAUGCGCUGAUUUCGUUAACCGUGUUUGCAUCCCCUAGAAUAAGUAAGGAUGCUGCAGUUGACGUUAUUUUUGAUGAAAUUGGAGUUGCGAAAGCUGUGCGGAGCCUUAAAACACUUGUGAAGAAAUCACUAAUUGAUGAAGAUUCCUGUGGAGAAUAUUACUCUAUUCACCCUCUCAUUCAUUCUUUUGUUGUAGAUAAAGCAAAACAAAGUGAUUUUGAGAACGUUUUCCAAUCCUCUAGAAUUCGUUUCUGUAGGUACUACUUACUUCUUUUUGAAAGGAUUAACGACGAUUUUCUUUCUGGGAAGUCGGUGGACACUGCCGAACUGGAAGACGCACUGAAGCAUCUGUCGACUACCAUGCGUUAUUUUAUGACAACUACAUGUAGUUUGGAAAAUUUCCAAGAACUUUUUUGCAUCCUAUCCAAGUCUGAAAUAUUUCUGUUUUUUAUUGGUGGAUCGCUAGAUCUAGAUAUUCCCAAAUUAUAUGAUUUUGCUAUUGAAAAAUGCAGAACACAGCAAUAUAAUUACGCUUACUCAAAGUUGUAUGUCAGCAAAUGUUUUCAAAAUAUUGUCUUUUCUAGCCUUCUCUCCGAGUUUGAAUAUGUAGAAAUACCUGAACAUAUACGUGAAGACGUCAUGUUGUUAUCGGAUGGUAGUGCAGCAAAAUUAGGCUGUUAUGAAGGAAUUUCACUUAUUUCCAAAAGAAAUAUAAAGUCAGGUAUUGAAUGUAUUGAAAAACAUGUCGAUGGUUUACAAGCUUGCGCUGAUCAAAAACUUGUAAAAUGCUUAUGCUUGCAGCUCCUUGCUCUUUUUUAUACUGAUUUAAAAGAAUGCAGCAAGUCGAGCAAAUUUAGUAGAGAAGCCAUCGAGGUUUGUAAAGAUAUUGGUAACUACAAUCUCUUUCUAACUGGUGAUUUUCAGAAAACUUUAUUCUUGACGCAAAAGGAAUAUAAAGGCGAGCAAUUAAUAUUGUUUGUCUGUCUUUUAUUUGUGUGGUCAAAUGAGUUUUUAAGUAAAGACACACAACUUUACUUUUUAAACCUUGUUCAUCAAUUAGAGCAGCAGCUAGAAAAUAAGGCAUACAAUGCUCCACAGUAUUUAUUUCGGAUAUUCACAUACGGUGAUGUUAUUUUAGCUGGUCUUGGUUUUCGUGUAGGACAAGAACGUCUUCUGGAUGAAAAGAUCACGUUUCUAAAAAAAUCAGUGAUGUCUGAUAAUUGUUGUUCCUUGACAGAUAGAACAUUUCCGAGUAUGUCGGAGGUGUGUUCGACUUUAUCUCCUAAGCGAUUGCUUAAUUGCUAUACUUUCCAAAUGAUGAUGGACGGUAAAGAAAAUAAGCAAGGUCCAAGUGUUCUUGAAACAUGCCGUAACGCACUUGAUCUUUCGCUUCAACAAUAUGGUAAACAACAUUGGAACACCGCGUUUUGUUACCACAAAAUGGGCUUGGCUGAGAAUAAUGUUGGGAAAUAUAUAUCUGCUCUUAAUGCAUUUGAUCAGGCUCUUGAAAUCAUGACAGCCACUCAUGAUGGGAGCAGCAACAGUAUUGCUGAUCUAGCCGAAGUUUAUAUCGGGAGAGGAGAAGCGUAUAAAUGCCUAAAAAAAUUUGAAUUCGCUGUUGCAUCUUUUGAAGAAGCACUUAGAAUAAAAAGAAAAUUGUGCGAUGAAUGUACUGAAGAAGUCGCUCAAAUCUUAUUUUUGCUAGGGGAUUCGCAACAGUGUUUCAAUGAUUUAUCUUCUGGUCUUGCAACACUUGAACACGCUCUGCAAAUAAGGAAAACGUUGUAUGCUGAGAAGCCAAGCUCGAGUGGGUAUGUAAAUGUUUUAGCAUGUUACUGUAUUAUAGGACAGGUGCAUAGCGCGCUUGGCAACAACACUGAAAGUAUAAAAUAUUUUAAAACUGCACUUGAAGUUGGCACGGAUUGCGAUCAAGAACGUUCAGUUAUGCAAAGUCAUAUUUUUGUGCAACUUAUACAUUUGAACGUAGACGAAAACGUGUACAUGGAAUUGUUGGAAAGUUGUUUACCAGUGAUUAAGGGAAAUUAUAGGUCGUUCUUACCUAUACUGUAUUUAAGAUUAGGUUCAAAACAAAUUGAGUCUGGAAAAUAUAAAGCUGGUCUAGCGUCCUUUCAAGAAGCUUUUGACAUUGAGUUAGAGAUCACACUAAAAAGCAAUUUUGCUAUUCGAGUGUCGACGGUUUCAUGCUACAUUCCAAUGGUUAAAACUUUAAUUAAUAUCGAGAAGUUUAAAUUGGCGAGAAAAGCAAUUGAGAGAGCUAUCCAAAUGGCAGAAUCACUUCCUGAAGGUACACAUCAUCUUUGGGUUUUUCGAUGUUAUACGUGGAAGGGUCGCAUUCAAAACACAAUGCGGAAAUACAAUACAGCAAUUGAUUCCCUUAAACACGCACUUCUGGAACUUCCAAAAAUUUCUCACGAAUCCUGUGAUAACCUCGAAGAAUUUGAGUGUCAUAGGGCGAUAGCAACAGCUUAUUUCUGUGUUGGAUCUUAUAAAGAUGCGCUUUCGUCGUUCUAUGACGCAUUGUCUGUCAUUAAAGAUAUUUGUUCAAAGGGAAGCGUAGCUGAAGCACAAGUAUAUCUCGCUGUGGCCAUGGUCGCCCAAAAAAUGAAAAACAAAGUUUUGGAAGUGAGUAAUUUGCGCUGGGCGUACAAGAUGUAUUCCAACGUUCUAGGAGAAACCCACUCCCAGACACAAGUAACCUAUAUUGCAUAUGUCAGAGCUCUUAUAGGUUUACGUUAAUUGCCAUAUAAUCAUACCAAGUGAAAUCGUAAACAUCAAUGUUUGGACUAUCAACAGCGUAUUGUUGGACACAGUCGAUUGUUCAUUUAUGAACUUAAAGUUCAUUGCUGCACUUCGCUAAUAUUCGUAUAUACAGGAUUGCAUUUGUACAGUUUUUUUAGAGUUCACCACUUAAGGACUAUUCUUAGUAUUUCCUGCAGGAAUUAGCUUCAAUUUUUUCCAUGACAAUUAGAAUUUGCAUAGCCGGGUAGUUCCGGCCGGAACCCUGAUUUUUGCGAGAUCCGGUUCCGGCCGGAACUGGUUGAAAAAGCAUGGCCGGAACCGGAACUCUGUUAUUUUCAGAGAGUUGGAAUAUCGAAUUUAUUUAUUAAAUAAAAUUGAUCAAACAGACUGAAAAGUCUAAUUUUAACAACUGCAUGUGAAGUAUAAUUAACAUACCAAUUUAUCAAACAGACCAAUUAUCACGAAGCCGUGAAAAGCGAAAUUAACGUGUGUUUUUACGUAUACAUUUAUACACACUUUAUAUGCAAACAUAUAAAAAACUUGCCACAGUAAAUGUUUCUGUUAUAAGUGUUAACAAUAACUUUAAACAAUAUAACGUCAAUAAGACCAAGAGCCAUUAAAAUGAGUCAAAUGACACGUCUUUCAUGACUACAGUACAUUAGUGUCCCAACUAGUUAACAGUUUGGGAAUCGAGGAAGAUUGUGGUGCAGGAAUAGUAACUGUUCACCAUUUCGUGGAAGAAGGCGUGCACGAUGCUCUUCAAAGACGUUACCAGCUUCGGAGAAGAGGCGUUCUGAAUAAACAGAUGAUGCUGGACAGGAUAGGUACCGACGCGCUACUUUGGCAAUGGUUGGAUAAACUGAUUUCUCUUCUCUCCAGAAACUUAAAGGGUCUUUGCACCUUUCAACAGUUGGAGUCAGAGUGUAUCUGUCUACUUCACUUGCCAACUCAGAAAGACUUGGUCCCUUCGGCUUUUUCCGGCGCACUCUGGAAACUUCGGUUUGAUCAUAGGUUUGAUCUCUUUCAGAAUUUUCUUCUUCUCUGCAACUUUCUUCAUCAUCAGAACUUUCUUCUGCAGAACUGACUUCGUCAUAGCACUUCAGAAAAUCAAUAUGAAUUUCCUCUUUAAGCGAUUUGGGUGCGUUUGUAUCUCUUCGUCGUCUCGCAGCCGUUUCUCCUUCGAUUGGCUUAUUUCCAGCCAAUCCAGCGGCCUCUUGGGUAUUGUUGUCUUCGUCUGCCGCGUGUGUAUUGGUAUUAGCUGGCGCAACUGCUGCUUGAAGUUGCAUCUCUUCUAGAAGCCACUUCUUGGCAGAUUCCUUGUUGUUCAGGAACUUUAAUUUGUAGCGUGGAUCAACCACCGUUGUGAUGACAUAAUUCUUGUCAUCUUUGACAUUUAAUUUGUUGGGUAAGCAUGAAAGAAGCCGUUGUCGGAGGGCGUUUCGUAUCUCAGUUUUAGUAGUUUGCACUCCACUAUCAUGACCAUGCUUCGACAAAUAUCGAUCAAGGGCAACGACAUGAGGUAUAACGUCACCUAGCGUCGACUUCUCAGAGCUAACUUGCUUAGUAAUCUCAAAGAAAGGUUGAAGUAUGCGCAGAAUUUUCUCACACAGAUUCCAUUCGUUUAAGCUAAGAACUGGGACAUCGUGGUUAGCAGUGUAAAUCUGAAGUGGUCGCUAUAGAGUCAAUGCUCUUUCAAGCAUAAGGUACGUGCUGUUCCACCGUGUUGAAACAUCUUGGACUGGGAAUAAUGGUAGAUUAAUUCCUUGCUCAGCUUGAAGAUUCUUCAGUUCAUUGCGAGCCAGGCUUGAAUGAUUAAAAUGAGUAGCAAUACGACGGACCUUUGCACAAAGAUCGAUAAUAGUACGCUGACUGAAGAUGGAAUCUUUCACUACGAGAUCAAGAAUAUGAAGAAAACAGUGCACACUUGCUACAUUUGCCAAACGAAGUCCCAAAGCCAUAUUAGAUGCCCCGUCACGUACAAGGAUGUGCUGCCUCUCCUCAGAAAUCUCCCACUCUCUCAUCAUCUUACUGACCAUUUGAUCAAUAUUUUCCGCAGUGUGAGAACCAGGAAAAUGCUGUGCGCUGAGAACACCGCUGCAACGUUGGAAUUCCUCGUCGACCCAGUGCGCUGUUAGCGAGAUAAACGAUUCGACUGAAUGUUGACUGGUCCAAAUAUCAGACGUAAAUGAAACAUGUGGGGCAUGAAUUUCAUCCAGUUGAGCUAAGAGGCGGGCUUUUAUCUCCUUGAAGGUCUUAGGAAGCAUAACAUCCGAGAAGUAUCUUCGACUUGGUAUCAUAUACUUUGGUUGAACAUGGGCUAGUAACUCAAUGAAGCCUUGGUCUUCAGCGAUUGAGAAUGGCUGAUUGUCCAUGGCCAUCAUAUUCAUGACUUUUUGGUGAAUGGAUACAGAACGGUUAUCGUUGAUAUCCCAUACUUUUUCUGGCUGAAGCUUUCUCCCAGGGUCAUCUGAUUUAUAGCGGUCAGCUUCCUCUGCUUUGGAGACGGACCAGACGGUCCUGUAUCUGCUUUCUCUUCCGUUCUUGACUUCGCUUCGCGUAGCGCCGUUUCUUCUGCCUUGCGAUAUUCUACCGCGUGCAUGGAUUUCAUAUGCUUAUGCAGUGGAGAUGUGCUGAAAUCCUUGGGAAGACAUCCGACUUUUCCUCUCCGUAAUCCUUUCAAACAAAGUUUACAUUUCGCAACUGUAUCCGACUUGUCCUCGACAGUGAAAAACUGCCAAAUUAUUGACAUGACUUUUUGAUCUUAAAACAAAUGGAUUAAUUUAAUUAUUGUUCCUUAUUCAACUCUAACGGUUUUAAUAAUCCUUGGAAGUUUGUUAAAAAAGUGUUCAAAUUAAUAAAUAUAAAUGAUAUUUAACAAAAAGGCAAAAAUAUAUUUAAAGUUUCGUUUUCAAUAUGAUAAAAAGUUGCCGAUUUAAAAACCUCAAAACGUAAAUAUAAUUGUAUGGUUUUACUCUUACUUACGUGAUCAAAAAUAUGCAAUCUUUGAAAAUUAGUAAUACUCUUGAGUCUUGUCUUCUUUAUAGCACAGCCCGUUUGUAGUUUUUCCCGGUUUUCCUUGUGUUUUUCGUAUAAUAUUAAUAUUUUAAAAAUAUGUUUAUAAUACUUAAUUUUUUUAUAACAUAAAAAUAUGGUCAGCGGUUUUGAAUGGUGGAUUAUGGAAAGUACUUCAUAUAACAAGCACAUACAGAUAAUUUAAUCAUUUCAUAUAUUCAUAUACCAUAAUUAUAAUUUACACCAUUACGUCGAUAAUAAUCAAUAUUUAAUUUUAUUUUUUCCAACUCCCCCCCCCCCAGCUCUUGAUACCUAUGACCAUAUAUGGCUAACAAACUAAGUUCCGGUUCCGGCCGGAAGUUCCGGCCGGAUUUCUUUGCCAGUUCCGGUUAAAUCCGGUUCCGGCCGGAUCUUAAAAUAUUGGUUCCGGUGCACCCCUACAUGACAUCUUGAUUUCAACUGUAGCUUGCACAUAACUUAGUCAUGUCCUAGUAUGAAACUCCGCAAUUAUUGAAAGUGUUUAAUUAAUAGCAUGCUUUUUGGAGAGACUAUUACUUCUUUUCAAGGUUUAACUGUGGAACCUCCAUAUUUUCAUUCAUAAACCAAGUUGUUAAGGAGCAUUUAAUUUCAAGGAGCAUCUAACAAGCUUUGUCUUACGAACAAUUUUUUUAAAACGUGUGGGCAGCAGGGAGAGGUAGAGGAAUGCAACAUAUAAUGCCUUGCUUGGCGUGUUCCUGUUCAUCUACUCUUUAAUACAACCUAUUUUGCAACAAAAACUACUACAACAAUAACUGCAGCACCAAUAGUGAAACAAUUAACAGACAUAAGGUGUUCGAAGUUCAGGUGAAUAAGGGCGAAGAUUUGACAUUUGGUGGGGAUGGAUCCAGCCAUAUCUGGUGGAGGGUGCUCGUCCAGUUGCGAUAAAGAUGUCUGAGGGAUCGAGUUAUGGCAGCAAGGCCCUAGUUCACAGUCUUGCAUUUCACAAUCAUGUCACUGUCUUAUCUUGCUCUAAAUCUAAGUGCUUUUCCAAGUCUGAAAAUGGAAUGGAUACGGAAAUUACCCCCCUCUUCUGAUAAAGGCUAGAGAGGGUGUUCAGCGCACUGAUUCUCCAGUACAUGUCAGUCGAUCAUGCAGACUGUUCCGUUUGCCACUGUUCAUUUCACAUUUCAGACAAUGAGGAAUCUGACGCCUUUUUUCGCCUAAUGAGGAAUCUGACGCCAUUCUCUCACACCGCUAGCCCCAGCUUCGAUAUUGUAAAAAAUAAGUAAAACUGGGUUACAACGUUCGACAAACAUUCUUAUUCCAAAUUGAACUUUUAUUCUUCUAUCACAUGUGGAGGAACAUCGACCGGAAAACCUAGCCAUUGUGUGCUUCAAUUGAUUUAGUUUAUAAUUCCAAAAUUACUCGUUGUGAGUUUAAAGAUGUUUCCAGCUUGCACGUUUCGAGCAUAGUCGAAGAAGCGUUUAUUCCAAAGGCGGACGGGACGAAGGUAUUGAAGAUUUUUUCUCCUUUAUUAUGUCAAAAUUGACUUAACCUUUAAAAUUAAAAUAACCUUUUUCAUACGAAAAAUGAGAUUGGAUGUCUGGGGUGAGACGAGGAUUAUGAUCUCGCUAACGUAACUGUUGUAAGCAAAAGAGCUAGAAAAUUCAUGUUUUUUGCUAUCUUAUUAACAAAUUUUGGGCAGUGGUCAAAUUAUUUCCUGCAAUAAAUUGUUGCAAUAAAUAAUUGGAUUUCCUGCAAUAAAUGUCAGAAUAACAAUUGGUAUUGUCUCGGUUAGCAGGGGUUAGGAACAAUUAUAUAUGACAAAAUCAUGGCUUUCAGGCAGGACCUGCGAAGAAAAUCUAGAUAAUCUUUGAAUUUUAUUUUUUUUAAACAAACUUUUUAAGUACAUGAAAUGAAUUAUGACUACAACUAGAAAAUACAUGCAUGCAGAAACCCUCGCCUUGCUGACAAACAGACAAAACCAUUGUAUUUUCCGAACAUGAAGUAUCUGAAGUAGUUGUCAUGGUAACACGAUAAUUUUUUAAGAAUAUUCUUACAAAUGAAAAAUCGCCUAAAAAAUAUCACUUUUAAUUACAAAAGUAUUAAUUCCCCAACAUAUAUAUGUUAGGUAUGUUAUUAUACGUAAUAUAAGCCUCAAUUUAAGGUAAAAUUCAACCACAAACGCUUCGCAAAACGUUUUAAAGUCAC